AUGGAUCCUGAAGCAUUCACGGCGAGCUUGUUCAAGUGGGACCCGCGUGGGGUGGUGCCGCCACAGACCAGGGUGCUGGAACCAGUGGUGCCACUACCGGCAGCGAUUUCCGCGGCCACCGCCUUCUCGGUGGUGCGUCCAAGGGAGCUAGGUGGGCUGGAGGAGUUGUUCCAGGCUUAUGGGAUAAGGUACUACACGGCAGCGAAGAUAGCGGAGCUUGGGUUCACGGUGAAUACACUUGUGAAUAUGAAAGAUGAGGAGCUUGAUGAGAUGAUGAACAGCCUGUCUCAGAUAUUUAGGUGGGAACUCCUUGUUGGAGAGAGGUAUGGUAUUAAAGCUGCUGUUAGAGCUGAGAGGAGAAGGCUUGAUGAGGAGGAUUCACGAAGGCGUCACAUACUGUCUGGUGAUACUACCAACUCUGUUGAUGCUUUGUCCCAAGAAGGGUUAUCUGAGGAACCAGUGCAGCAAGAGAAGGAGGCAGCAGGGAGCGGAGGAGGAGGAACGUGGGACUUAGCGGUGGCAGUGACGGAGAGGAAGAAACAGCGGCGGAGGAAGGGGCAAAGGAAGAUAGUGGAUGUUAAUCACUAUGAUGAAAAUGAAGACGAUGAGAAUGCUGAAGGCAGUGAGAGACAACGAGAGCACCCCUUCAUAGUGACGGAGCCUGGUGAAGUGGCACGUGGCAAAAAAAACGGCCUUGAUUACCUGUUCCAUCUCUAUGAGCAAUGCCGUGAUUUCUUGAUCCAUGUCCAGAACAUCGCCAAGGAGCGUGGCGAAAAAUGCCCAACCAAGGUGACAAAUCAGGUGUUUAGGUAUGCAAAGAAGGCUGGUGCAAGCUACAUUAACAAGCCAAAGAUGAGACACUAUGUGCACUGCUAUGCGUUGCACUGCCUGGACGAGGAGGCAUCAGAUGCACUGAGGAGGGUUUUCAAGGAAAGAGGAGAGAACGUGGGGGCUUGGAGACAGGCUUGUUAUAAGCCACUUGUGGGCAUUGCAGCACGGCAAGGCUGGGAUAUUGAUGCCAUUUUCAAUGCGCAUCCUCGUCUGGCCAUUUGGUAUGUGCCCACGAAGCUGCGUCAACUUUGUCAUGCUGAGCGCAAUAGUGUCGCUGCUUCUAGCUCUGUGUCUGGCGGGGCUGAUCAGCUGCCUUUCUAA